AUGGAAGGUCUAAAUGUGGCUAUGAAUACGACAUGUGAAAAAGGUUUAUUUUCCAGUGUUAAGGUACCAAAUUGUGACUUGACGGUGUCAUACUUGUUCUACGCGGAUGAUGCUCUUUUUGUUGCUAAAUGGACCAAAGAAAACAUUAAAAACCUAGCUAGAAUUCUCCGAUCCUUCCAUGUGGUGUCCGGGCUUAAGGUAAAUUUUAGUAAGUCACCGGUUUUUGGUGUUAGAGCUAACCCAUUAGAAGUUUCUCGAUGGGCUGCACCUCUUGGAUGUAAACCUGAUGAAUUGUCGUUUACCUACCUUGGGGUCCCGGUGGGGGCAAACAUGAAAUUGUUGAAACAUUGGAAACUGGUAAUUGAGAAGUUCGAAUGUAAGUUGUCAUUAUGGAAAACAAAAACCUUAUCAUUUGGUGGAAGAUUAACAUUAUUAAAGGCUAUGAUGGGAAAUCUACCAACUUACUACUUCUCUUUAUUUGUUGCUCCAAUUGGAAUCACUGAUAUGCUUGAAAAAAAUCAGGCGGAGGUUUUUAUAGGGUGGAAGUCACAAUAA